AUGGAGGGUUUCGACCCGAUAUCCAUGACCUACAUGGCCACCAACUUCGAGACGGUCAAUAACACGGCUCCGGCUACCACCAUGUACAACAAUAUGAUGAUGAUGCCAAACGACUUUAUGGAACAAUACUCGACCUACGACUCACAAACCAUCUAUCCAGNNGGUACUUACAAUCGCCAUGUUCUUGUCUGCUGUACUAUGGCCGCUAACCACUAUCGGAGUAGGGAUGAAUAUUACCAACUGCCGCCUCCUCAGACGACUCCCUCACUCAAACGAUUCUCCAGCACCUUUGACGACGCCUUCUCCGAUGCCGUAGGAGCCUUUGAAACGAUUGCCGAAACGGGAACUCAAGACGCUCAAGAUACACAAGAUGCGAAAGAGAUAGCGAUAGAGCAGGGUCAUAAAUAUUUGAAGUUCACUCCGCCCGUGUACGACUUUGCUCUGCUCGAUUACAACUUCCGCCAGGUAUCAGUAAGCUUGACUGCGGAUCUACUAGGACUCUUCUUUGCUGAGAAGUCAGCUUGGGUGAAUCCAGCCGAGAACACCGAGUUGAUGUGCUACCGUCGCAACAUCUUCCAGGUCUCGGGCAGUGUUGUGGUUCCGCGGGCCCUGCGCAACAUCGUCACUGAGCAGACGGAACAAAUCUCCAUCGUUUCUCAAGAACUCAUUAUUUCGGCAACUGAAUCUGCUGAGGGAAGUCCUACGAAGAUCAUUUGUGUUCCUUGGAAGACACCACCGAAUGGUAAUUCUAUUGUGGACGAAAGAGCUGAGAAGGAACCGCCGUCAAUACCGCUGGACCCAUCCACUGCAUCUGAAGGAGACUCCAAUUUUGCGACAUUCCCGUUUCAUUGGAAGCGCUUGCAGUUCCGGAGCGCUACCGCCAACAACGGAAGAAGAAAAGAGCUACAACAGCAUUUCAUCGUUCAUCUCAAGGUUGUGGCUACGCUAGCGACGGGUGGUAAAGUCACGAUUUGCCAUACCAAAUCAAACCCUAUUGUUGUGAGAGGUCGAAGUCCUAGGAACUUUCAAUCUAGAAAAGACAUUCUGCUCACUGGAAAUGGCACGCAUGCGAAGAAGCCUACUACAGCAGCUCCGAAACCGCGCGCGCCAUCGCAAGCAGAUCAUGGUCAUGCUCGGAAGCCUUCUCGCAAUAGUGGGGCUACAGUUCCUAGAAACGAAACACCUGCUGUUGUGGGCUUCGACAACGCCGACUUCCAGAUGCCUGCGCUUUUUAAUAACACAUUUCAGCAAGGCGCAAUGACUGCGGUACCGCCAACUGCACGGAUUUCCGAGCCCAAGGACUACGCUGUCUCGACUCCUGAUCUAGUACGACAGUCAUCAAAUAUGCCUGCGCCAGCGCGAGUCCCAUUGAAGCUGUCCUUGACCGACGAGGAGGAGCCCAAACAAUCUUCCAUGAGCCCUCCCAAGAACGGCAAUACGGGCAAGCGCGUAGCCGGAGGUCGUGCUGCGAGUACCCCAUCUGCACUAGCUCUACAGGUGGGGAGUAGUCCAGAUGAGAGCGCAGACUUGCUGUACGAGUACUUUCCUCUCAGCCUGGAUGACUGGCAACCACCUGUCGAUGCUGUGUACCGACCCCACGUCGUCCAUCACAUCAAUCCACUGCCAGAGAACAAGGCUCGCGAUCGCUUGAGUCGUCUCAAGAACAAACGAUAUUUUAGUGAGGAUGUGGGAUGA